AUGUUUCCAUCCUUCCUCCAUCCUCGAAGACAAACAUUCUCGAGAUCAUCUUUACACACUUUCAAAGCCAAUACACAACUUAUCAUUGCCACCGAAUCUGCCGGCGGCGCUACGAUCAGACUUUACAAUCCGUCCACCACACUUCCGGACGCGAUGUGGCCUGUUGCACUUGGCUUUGCGGGACUCUUCGGAGUUUCUCAGGCUUCGCGAUAUCAAAUCUCCAAGAAUUACUCCGGUCCAGACUUCUUCGAUCAAUUUGACUUCUUCUCAGACCCGGAUCCGACGCAUGGUUUCGUGAAGUAUCAAGACUUGGCUGGAGCUAAUAGUACUGGACUUGCAGGCUUCGCAUCCAACGACGUUUUCCAGAAUAUGAUCUAUCUCGGGGUCGACUCGUCCAACGUGGCUCCGAGUGGCAGGCAGUCCACACGCAUUCAGUCGAAAGAUGUCUUCAACCAAUCGUUGCAUAUCGCCGACAUCAUGCAUAUGCCUGGAGGUAUCUGUGGAUCAUGGCCGGCAUACUGGCUGGUCGGGCCACAGUGGCCUGACGAUGGGGAGAUCGACAUCAUGGAAGGGAUUUCGCUCCAGCCCGUCAACAAGAUGGUCCUUCACACGAAAGCGCACGUGACCAUGUCCAACAUCUCGGAUCCAAGCGUGGCGAAUGCUACUCACAUGCAGAUGCGAGGCACAUUUACCAGCCUCGAUUGCAGUGCUGAAAUUUCUGGAGAUCCGGGUUGUGCGGCGUCAGGCGCCAACAAUUCCUUCGGGACAGCAUUCAACGAUAACGGCGGAGGUGUUCUGGCAACCGAGUAUGGCCCGCAGUGGAUAUCCAUCUGGAACUUUGCGCGAAGUGAGAUUCCUUCAGACGCUUUCAGUGGCAGUCCCGACCCGGAGACAUGGAGGGCCCCUGACGCUCAUUUCAUGGCCGCAGACGGUAGCCUGCUGUCUGAAUACUUCUCGAACCUGAUGGUUGUCAUCAACACUGCUCUGUGCGGCGACUGGACUGAUGGGGACUGGGCGAGCUCUGAAUGUGCCUCGUUGGCUCCAACUUGCCAAGAUUAUGUGGCCAACAACCCACAAGCCUUUAAAGAUGCUUACUGGCUCAUUGGAGGCAUUCAAGUCUAUGAGCCUGUGAUCGGUGGAUCAAAUAUCACGGAUGGCCUGUAUGCGAGUGCAAAACAUCGUGGUCAUGUGCCACGUGCACCAACUGGCCGCCCAUAG